UUAUAAAGGCACCGUUUCUUGGUUUGUUUGUGCUUGUGUCUCUCCUUCUCCAACUAUGCCAUGUGAUCUUUCCUAGCAUUCUUGAUUGACUUCCGACGAAAGCUACAGCUAGAAAUUCAUCAAUCUACACGUCAACCCGCCGGAAUUUGACGACAAAUCGCUGCAGAGAAAGGAAUUGCCAUGAGUAGUGUUCAUAAUAGCUUGGAGACUGUAAACGCUGCGGCAACUGCCAUAGUUACUGCUGAAUCCAGAGUUCAACAGCCUACGGUACAGAAGAAAAGAUGGGGAAGCUGCUGGAGUCUUUAUUGGUGUUUUGGUUCACACAAACCCAAGAAACGAAUUGGUCAUUCGGUCCUUGUUCCUGAACCAAGUCCACCCGGGGUUGAAGCUCCUGUUGCUGAAAAUCCUAACCAUUCUGCCACCAUAGUAUUGCCUUUCAUAGCCCCUCCCUCUUCUCCUGCAUCUUUUCUCCAAUCAGAUCCUCCAUCCGCCACCCAAUCACCAGCAGGUUUACUUUCCCUGACGUCCCUGUCUGUUGAUUUAUACUCUCCGGGUGGGACAGCACCAAUUUUUGCAGUUGGCCCCUAUGCUCAUGAGACUCAAUUAGUUUCACCACCUGCGUUUUCUGCCUUCACUACUGAGCCAUCAACUGCUUGUUUUACGCCCCCUCCUGAAUCAGUGCAAAUGACAACACCUUCUUCACCAGAAGUGCCAUUUGCUCAACUUUUGACAUCAUCACUAGCACGCAAUCGUGGAAACAGUGUAACCAAUAUGAAAUUCUCAUUAUCCCAGUUUGAUUUUCUGCCUUAUCAAUACCCAGGAAGCCCUGGAGGUCGUCUUAAAUCACCAGGUUCAGCAAUUUCUACUUCAGGAACGUCUUCACCCUUUCCUGAUAAGCUCCCUAUAGUUGAAUUCCGCAAGGGGGAAGCUCCCAAAUUUCCUGGCUACGAACACUUUGCCAAUCGUAAGUGGGGUUCAAGAGUUGGUUCUGGAUCAUUGACUCCAACAGGUUGGGGUUCAAGGUUAGGCUCUGGAACAUUGACACCUAAUGGUGGGCUUUCUAGGUUAGGUUCUGGAACUGUAACACCUAAUGGUGGGGAACCCCCAUCUCAAGACAGUUAUCUUCUAGAGGGCCAAAUUUCCGAAGUGGCAUCCCUUGCCAACUCAUAUAACGAAUCGAAAGAUGGGGAAGUUGUAGUUGAUUAUAGAGUCUCAUUUGAGCUUAUUGGUGAAGAUAUUCCGACUUGUGUGAUAAAGGAGUCGGUUCCAUCACACAAAACUGCAUUGCAAACUGUACUGGAGACAGCAACAAAUGGUACGAAUCAAAGUGAUUUGAUAAAGAAUACUGAUUGUUGUAGCGAAUAUUCUGAUGGGGAAACUGUCAGUGAAGUUCCCAAAAUGGCUCGGAGGCAUCGUACCAUUUCACUAGGUUCUAGCAAGGAUUUCAAUUUCAACAAUGCAAAGGAAGAAGUCUUAGACAAGUCUGCCAUUGACUGUGAUUGGUGGACCUAUGACAAAGUUUCGAAGAAUAAAUUAGGUCCUCGGAAAGACUUGACUUUCUUCCCAAUGCUUCAGCCUGGGGUCAGCUAAUGUCAAAAUGUAUGCAUAUCUUCAAUAAAGAUUCAAUGUUAAGUUUUACGAACUUGGAACUCGUGCACCGUUUCAACCUGAGAAUGCAAUUAUGGAGUUAGAGAUUUUGCAGGCCCGUGAAAGUCAUGUACAAAUGUGUUCAACAGCUUCGUUGUUAAUGUAAGAUCAUUUCAAGAGUAUUGUUUAAGGUUUUCUUUUUUUUAUAUUCUUUAUUUUAGAUGUAUACACUAAUCAAACAAGUUUUUCUUCUUCUGAAUCAACUGUUAACAGAAACGAACAUUCAUGUAAAUGAAUUCGUUAAUAAAACCUACUGCCUGCCUUGUAUUA